AUGGCAGAGCAGGACGGCAGCACCAGUAUCGCGGCACGAAUUGCCGCACUGAAAUUGGACCAAGUGGGCCGUCAACCGACUGGAAAGGCAGGCCCUCCAACAGUACCAACUAAGAGACCAAAUCUUCCAUCAAGACAACAGACGACCAAUGUGCCACCUGUCGGAGUCCACGCAUCUGCGGGUGAUGCAGGCCAUGAUGUCGGGAAUCAGCCAGCAACAGGUGAAAUGAAUGGAGUGGUUAAGCGUACGCCCCCAGUGAUGCCAAACCGACCAGCUAGAAGUGCUGCCCCCAAACUGCCACCAAGACAACCAUCCGGAUCAGCACCGCAACUACCACCUAGAAGACCUUCGGAGACACCCUCAAACAUAUCUGGAAGGCCAGAGGCCAAUAGAAAGCAAUCUAGCGAAUCUAUAGUGUCAACCAGAUCCUCCAUCUCAACAGCAUCUAAUCGGACUGGUAUCAGCUCGGCGACAAGCAAUUCCGGACCACCUUUUACAAUCCGAGCACCUUCUUUUGAUGCGUCGAAUUUGCCCCCUUUGCCUCCUAAGCGGACGCCUAAUCUGCCAGAACGUGGUCCUGUGCUGCAGCAAACUAAGUCCUCGCCAACUGUAUUGCCUGCCGUACAGGAGCCUGCGAGACCGCAACUGCCCUCUAGGCCACCACUACCUUCUAGGAAUCAGUCUUCCUCCCCAGGCGUAACGGAUCAAGGUACCAUCAAACCUGCAGCGCCAAAGAGGUCUGCGUUGACAAUGGGCUUUAAUUCUGCCUCAAAGGCGCCUGCUGUGCCGACUGCACGACCUGAGUCUGCCGCACCACCGCCAAUUCCUACUUCUUCUCGACCAGAUCUUUCUAAGCUGAUGGCAUCAAAACCAAACAUUGCUGCGAAUGGAAACACAAAUGGGGCAGCAGCAACAGUAGCAGCAGCACCUUCAGCCUCACCGGGCCAAGGAUCUUGCCUAAAGUGUCGGGACUUCUCAGUCGUUGAUGCUCACGCUGCACGCUUCCCACGACAGUCAAUCCCAUCACAAGACUUGGGAUGGCUUGCACAGUCGCUUACAUCUCCUUUCCCAUCCCUGACUGACAAAGCUCGAGCAAUUUUCGUCUGGUUGCAUCACAACAUUGACUAUAACACUCAUGCACUGUUUACCAAUACUAGUAUGGUCGUUGGUGGCCAUGGAAAAGGUCUUGGUUUCGAGGCUGUAGCUCCUGGAGCACCGCUACCCCCAGAAGACGCAACAGGUCAUGCCUGGAACGUCGUCAAGAUUGAUGAUGGUCAAUGGAAGCUGAUUGACCCUUGCUGGGGAGCCGGUCAUGUCAACGGAUGGGGUCAACCUUACAAAAGGCACUUCAGUCCCAUACAUUUCGUUGGCAGCAAUGAGGAAUUCGGACGCAGCCAUUUCCCAAGCGACAAGAACCGAUUUUACAGGAGCGAUGGCAGACACACAAUUACGUGGGCAGAGUAUCUGCUGGGUGAUACGAAUGGCCAGACUCCGGUGCAGACGUUCGGAAACAUGACAACAGACGAAGGCAUCGACAGCCACUCUGUUUCGCCCAGGGUCAAGCAGAUUUCGGUCAACGAUUCACAGCCUUAUGUGCGCUUCCAGUUCAACAAACUGUGCCCCCACUGGGACAAUGAGCGAAACGGGCAGGGAAAGAACUAUCUAUACGUCGUCUUCCUGCCCGAGGCCAAUGGCAGACCAGCACGCGAGGUCCCUUUGCAGACUAAUGGGCAUUUCUGGUGGGUUGAUGUGAAGCCCAGCGAGCUCGGACAGCCCGGCCAGGAGAUCAAGUUGGGUGCAGUAACGACUUUGGGGGGCCGUGAUGGCAGAGGAUUGGUCGCAAGCGAUUUCAAUAAGAUGGGCGGACACUACCUUCUAGACGCAGUCCAAAUACUCGACCAACACAAAAGAUCUGGCAAAAGUUUGAGUGUCGUUGAUUACAGUACGAUACUCGGCUUCGCACGCUGGACUGGACUUAGAGACAUUGCAGACACAUUCUGGAAGUCGAUGCAAGCUGAUAACAUCGUGCCAGACCUCAGGUGCUACAACAAUUAUCUUGGCGCUCUUGUCUCAAACCUUCGUCACGAUCCAGAUGUCAGGGAGAACCGUCGAGUCACUACUUUCAGGACCGAAGCGCGCUGUAAGCCAAGUCCUAGCGCAAGGUUUGCAGCCUAUCAUGUAGGCAUUGGAGGUAUCAAAGACAGCGCAUUGGAAAUUCAUCGCGAGAUGCUGAAGAGCGAGAUUGUGCCAGAUGAGGAAACGUUUCGCCUUCUCAUCCUGGGUGUUGGCCGUGAAGGAGAUCUCGAUACUGUCAAGAAGCUUUUGAGGCAAGUGUGGAGAAUCGAUGUGGCCACUAUCGUUGAUGGUCUGGAAGAAGGACACUCAGAGUAUGAGCUUGAUGUCUUGCCGACAUCUCCCCUUCACCCGACUCCCUUCUUGGUCUACGCCGUCGCACACGUUUUCAGUAUCAACAACGAGAUCCCGGCCGCUAUGAAGCUUGUGGACCAUAUUUCACGGACCUACAACGUCAAGGUUUUUGACUAUGUCUGGCAUGAGUUGCUCAACUGGACCUUCGUACUUUCACUACCUCGCCAGGCAUCGAGAAAAGAACAAGCAAUCCUACCCAAAGGCAGUGUACAGAAGCUGUGGCAAGUCAUGCGAAAUGAACCUUACAACGUGCGUCCGACAAUGGACAUGUACAACAAGCUCAUCAAAAGCCUCUUUCGGCAACAAAGGACUCGAGACAUGUGGCAUUAUAUGUGCGAAGCAUUCCCAUUGUAUGAGGCAAUGCGCAAGGAGACUCGGUAUCUGAACAAGACCCUGCAUAGGGUCCUCAAACUCUCACAAACAGUUGGCACACUCGAGCAGAAGUACAACCGCAGCAGACUCAACGAGAAAGCUUCGCGCCUGUUCCUCAGGCGCUGGGUGCGUCUCCUGCUCGGAAGCAUGCGCUCAUGGCGCAGAGUAGACGGCAGUCUGUACUGGAGUAUUCAACUGAUACCCAAGAUUGUUCUCGAGUGGAAGGAGUUCAUGCCUAACAAGGUGUGGUACGACAUUCCUGCAGGCAGAGUGAGCAUAAUCCUCCGUACGAGCGAGGAGAAAAAAACACAUCAAGAAAGAAUAAAGAAGGCAAUGGACACGAACGACAGAAUUGCCAGUAGACACAACCGUCUGCCAGGACAAGAUGGCAAUCGCUAUGUGCUAACACGCCGCCAAAAGAGAGCAGCGGUUGCUCAACGUGGAACUAUUCCUUCGAGAGAACACAAUAAGGCUGAGUAA